GCCAGACACCCACCGACGACGCCGACGACCCAUCGGCGUCGACUUCGAUCCGUCAACUCGUUCCUUCCCCUUCCAACUGCUCCCCAACUCGGACACCAGCAACAUGGGCAGCCCAGACGACAAGCUGCAGGCGGCUACAAGCGCAGCGGCCGACCCGAUCGCCGAGAUUGUGAACAAGCUGCGCGCCCUCCCCCUCUUCAACGAGAUUGUCGACCACCCCGUGUUCAAGCAUCCCCUACUGCAGCACCCUCUCCUCCAGGACCCGCGCUUCGUCGCGGCCAUUGGCGGACUUUUGAUCCUCUUCCUCGUCUUUGCAUUGUUCCCCGUUGGCGGAUCGCAGAAGACGUCGAGGCGGAAGGGCACGCCGACCGUCCUGCUCGUCGGCCCGCCUGAUAGCGGCAAGACGGCGAUUUUCGCCAAGCUGUCCCAGGACGAACGGCCGUUCACCCACACCUCCCUCGUCCCCUCCAUCUCGACGGUUGACAUCCCCUCGUCCGACGGACGGAGCAAGCAGGCCCGUCUCGUCGACCUGGCUGGCCACGCUCGUCUCCGCGAAGAGGUCUCGAAGCACAUCAACGACGCUGAUGCCGCCGUGUUUGUCGUUGACAUUGUCGCGCUCGUGCGCAACGCUGCUGCCGUCGCCGAAGAACUCCCCGCCCUCCUCUCGGCCCUCGCGGGCGCCUCGAACCGCCGCGGCCUCUCAGCCGAGCCGACCCGCCUCCUGAUCCUGGCGCACAAGACGGACCUGCUCGCCAAGUCGUCGUCCGCGACCUCACCUCCAGACCUGACGCCGCAGGCGCGUCAGACUGCCCUCGAACGCGUGCGCUCGAUCCUGACGCGCGAGAUGGACCGGCUCAAGGUAUCGCGUGGGUCCGGCGGCGUCGGCGGCCGGAUCGAGGGCAUGGGCCGCGUCGCGUCGGGCGGCAAGAGCUUCUGGGCGCGCCUGUUUGGCUCGUCGUCGGCUGCCGAGGAGCCUGACGCCGGCGCCGAGGACGACGAGGCGCUCGUCUGGGGCGCCGCUGGGCCGUUUAGGUGGGAGGACGUCGAGGGCGUCGAGGUGUCGUUUGCGACUGCCGGCGUCGGCCCCGCCAAGGCUGUCGGCGCGGAGGCUGCCGAUGCUGGCAACGGGCUGGACGAGCUUAACGACUUUCUCUGGGAUCUGUAGGCAUAUGCAUGGCGGUAGAGGGCUG